AUGCGAAAAAUUCUGUGGCUUUUUGUUUUAACGCUAUUGGAGAACUGUCAAGCUGGAAGAUCGAAAACUUAUGGUCAUGCGAAGAAAAAUGAAGUUCAUUUGCGACCUAUAGAUGACCGUCGAAUUAUCGUCGAAAAAGACGUGUUCUGCACAAGCCGCGGGGCAACGCAAUCGCGGUUCUUCUCGUGGGCCUUUGUCGACGGAAAGGACAAAGAGUUUCUGAUUUCCGGCCAUGAGGAGUACUUCACGAUCGCCGAAAUCCCCUUCCGCCCUCACGUGAAAGCCUAUUUCCCCGAUGGCACCACCUCCGGCCUCGAGAACCAAAGUCACGUGAGCGCGAAAAUCAGCUGCGAACGCGCCUUUGGCGAGACCGAGCAUUGCUCAAACUACAUAACGUCCAUUUCCCAGAAAAAGAAUUCGGAAAAUGAAGGUCUCAAUUUUCAAAUUUGCAAUUCGAACUUUGCGCAGCCGAAAUUGGAGACUUGGAAUAUCGACUUGGAGAAUUUCGAUGAAGAUCUAUCAAAAGCGGUUUCAAAAGAAACUGAAUUUGCCACUGCCAAUUCUUGCCCAUCAAGUUUCAAGUCGUCAACUCUCAUGAAAUGGAUCGAUUCAACAAUGCGCGUAGCUGCCAUCGGCCUUCAAAAAGAAGUGUCUUCUGCCAACCCAGCGAUUUCAGUCUUUGCCUUUGGAAAAGAAGCAUUUUCGACGAAGGGAGCAAGGGGCGAUAUUUUCAUCGACGCGCGAUUUCGAUUGAUAACCGCCGAUUCGGAGCAAAUUCACUUCCUGUAUUCCGACGUGCCGAGACUCCAAGACAUCGAGUCACGUGAAACAUUCUUUCGCGCGAAUUCGCAUCCGAAGAUCGCGUCAAUUUGCCGACACUCGGGUUUUGAAAUUUUGAAUCAAUUCCAUUUUGGAGAAUUGAAUUGCAAAGAAGAGGACUUCGACUUUCCGAUUUUCGUCGAUGCAGUAGAAACGGAACGACAUGUCUUUGGAAUUUUUCAAUCGAGGGCGAAGAAAUAUCAGAAAAAUGCAAUUUGCAGAUUUGAGAAGAAAGAUUUAGCCAUUCAAUGCUCACAAAAUGACCCAACAGAUGAUCUCCAGAUCCUUUCUCGUCAACCAGUAGAGGGAGAACUUGUCAUGUCCCCUCGAGAUUCUUCAGAGUACGGCGGUUUUACCUCAAUAACGGUCGAUUCGGAAAAGACUGGCGACUUUCCUCUGAUCUUCAUCGGAACUGACAGCGGAGUUCUUUUGAAAACGGCAAAGUUUGAGAAGUACCCAUCAUCUGAAAAGGUUGAAUAUCCUUGGCAAUUAGUCGAAGCUUAUAAUAUUGAAAAAAUGGCGAAAAACGCGGUGGAAAAAUGGGCUUCGGAUGAUUGGACAAUCAAGAAGAUUCAUUUCAGAUACGACAAGCAUGGAACACUGAGAAUGCCAUACGUUUAUGUCGCCACAGAUCAAUGCAUUCUUGCUGUCAAGGUUCAGAACUGUGACUUGUCAGAGUGCUGCCAAAAUGAUCCUUAUUGCGAGUUCCGAAACGUACCAAAAACUUGCCAGGACAUCGAUUUCACCCUUCGGAAUCCAUUGAAUCAGGUCACUUACCAUCGUUCCUGCCAGGAAAAGAAUGAAGAAGAGCUGGAAGAAAAGCUCGUCUCGAAUACAGCAACUUUUUUGCCUGUGAAUUUGAACGAUGACAGCUGCAGCGAUGCGCAAAAUGGAAUUCAACAAGCAUCAAGAAAAGAGUACAAACGCGUGAAAAACCUCCUCGACCGCGUCACUCGAAACCUAACCCAUCCCGAAAUUCUCAAGCAAGCGAUGUUGUCCGCGGCGGAAAUCGUCCUCCAUCGAGUUUACAACGAAAAUCUGGACACGUCAAUACCAGUUCCGAUCCAAAGCUCGCAAAUAAGCGUUUUCCCAGAGCUCGCCUUUCAUCUCCAAGUGCUGAGAGAGCAACUUGCUCAAAUGAUAACUCCUUCACGAGCAAACGCGACAGAUUGCUAUAUUUCUCCUUCUCAAUCAAGGCAUGGUUAUUGCGGAAUAAUCGAGCAUCGGACGAAAUGGUCGAGACAAAUUUGGAAUUGGAUGAGACAACUCCUAAGCGCUUACAGUGCGGACUGUACCACAAAAGAAAACCCAAUUUUGACUGGUCAAUCAAAACUGUUGUGUAAGGAGUCGAUCUGCCGCUUCGGUUUUCUGAUCGAUGUCCAAACAGCUUUUCGCGAAACAGGAUUGAGAGCUACUGGAGUUCCGCUCGACAUCAAUCCGAAAGAAUUGGAGCUCAAAAGUGACUUCUCAAUCGUCGGGCUGGUUGUGGAAAAUAAGACUUCGCCGUUUGAAAUAACUUACAACCCUGAUAUUCAAGAAGCUAUUAUCAAACUGCAUUUCAAUGUCGAUUUAUGCCUUCUUUCCCAGCAUCGUGAAAAAUUCGAGAACUUCAAAAACUUCAGAUCUCUUCCUGAAAAUGUCAAAAAAGCUUAUUCCACACUAGCGACUGAAAUUCAUGAAAAAAUGAAAGAAACAAUUAGUUCAAGAAAAAAGCGAGAAACGAGCAGAACAGAAAGAUGUCCCGAAAUCUCAAAGCGGCCGAUUAUAUUUGAGUCCUCGGCGACUGAGAAUCUAACGGAAAAGGAAUUCGAGAUAUUCUUGGUGCUCUUCGAAAGAUAUGGAUCAUGCGAAGCUUCGAAGCUCAGUAUUGGCCAACGAACAAGUUUGAGAAGAAUUUUUGGCGGAAGAAAGUCUGCUGCUUCUUUGCUGACUUAUACACUGGAAUCACCGAAAUGCCGAUAUACAGUCGACAUCAACAAAUCCAUCAAAACCCGUUCCAGCAGAGAUUUUUCGCUAGAAUUCAUCGGCAGCACGAAGAAACUGAGUAUAUCCUUCUUCGCGAAACACAAAUCAAGAUAG